AUGAAAUCAUCAUCUCAAUUCCUCCAACUGGUAAGCCUUCUUAUUAUUCUAUUCUCUAUUACUCCUAGAGCAAAUUCAGACGAACCUCUAAACAAGUUUUGUCGCGCCGAUGCGAGCUACGCGGCCAACGGCACCUUCCAGGCGAACCUCGACCUCGUCCUCUCCUCCCUCCCCUCCGCCGCCGCCCCCUCCGGCUUCGCCAACACCACUGUCGGUCGAGCAGGACCCGAUCAAGUCCAUGGCCUCGCCCUCUGCCGCGGCGACAUCUCUCCUGCCGACUGCUUGACUUGCUUGAAGAACGCUACGAAAGAUAUCGUCGCCGAAUGUCCGCACGAUGCAGGAUCGACGAUAUGGUACGACGAGUGCAUGCUCCGCUACGACAACCUCAGCAUCUUCUCCGCACUCGACAUGUCAUCCUUCAACGAAUGCAUUCCGAACCCAAACAACGUGACGCAGCCACAGCUGUUCGACGAACUGCUAGGAAAGUUGAUGGACACCGUCACGAAGACCGCGGCGCAAUCACCGCAGAUGUUCGCCUUCGGCGAGGUGAACUUCACCGAAUCCAAUAAAAUCUACGGGAUGGCGCAGUGCACGAGAGACUUGUAUAGUGCUGAUUGUUACAGAUGCUUAAGGGACUAUGUGGGGAGUAUCCCAAGCUGCUGCGGUGGGAAGGAGGGGGGGAGGUUGUUUGGAAGCAACUGCGGCAUCCGAUAG